AAGUAGCCAGUAAGUCUGCGUGAGAGUAAAGCGUAAAACCAAAUCCCAAAACAAAAAAAGAGAUCAUUAGCGGCGGCGGCGACUGAAUCAGCAUCGAUGGAUCCAGACGCGUUGGCCAAGGCAUUCGUCGAGCACUACUACACCACCUUUGACACCAACCGUCCCGGUCUCGCUUCUCUCUACCAGGAAGGUUCCAUGCUCACCUUCGAAGGUCAGAAGAUUCAGGGCUCUCAGAAUAUCGUCGCCAAACUCACUUCCCUCCCUUUCCAGCAGUGUCAUCAUUCCAUCACUACCGUUGAUUGUCAGCCGUCUGGUGUUAACGGUGGAAUGCUUGUUUUUGUUAGCGGGAAUCUCCAGCUCGCCGGUGAACAGCAUGCCCUUAAGUUCAGUCAGAUGUUCCAUUUGAUACCAACACAGCAAGGAAGCUAUUAUGUGUUGAAUGACGUAUUCCGGUUGAACUAUGCAUGAAGAACAUAGACUGAUGAAUGUAUAAGUUUGCCUACAGCUGUUUUGCUUCAGACAUUUGAAAUUUAAAAUUGGCUCUUUUUGGUUUGUGUUGGUAUUUUUUUUCUUAAUUGUGGCUCCUGUUUAGAAUUGUGUUUAAAACUUUGAAGGACAAAUUGUUAAAGAUUAAUGAAAUUUUUGGGUUGAAAACUUUA